GUUAUUUUAAAAGUAGUACAAUAGUGAACUUAAGUGGUGAUUCCAGUCUGAAAAAGUACCAUAUGUUAAAUUUUGCUAAAACGUCUAAUAAAAUGCUUGUCGGUAGCGCGAAAAGAAAACCUAAUUCAAUUGUUUUCGUAUAAAAAAUAUAAUUUUGUCGCAAAUAUAGCUAAUCGGGAUAAUCCAUUCUUUAACAUUAUUCCACCUGAGACCUAGGAUUAUGAAUUUAUGCGGUCUUAAGUGUGCAUCAAGGAACCACUUAGAAAAUGCUAUAUAUUUGUCAAUACAAGACAUGCGAAAUAUGGGCAAUGGUAUUGGGUCAGAUAAGCAUUAAUCAUUUAAGUGAUCGAUACAACCAAUAAAUACUGAAGAUGGUUAUGCGAGACAGUAUUUCUACAUCUGUCAAAGUGCAACGUGGAUGUGUAUCUACGUGCAAGGUGCUUCAUCUGAAGUCCAGUGCUUUAUUUGGAUACCUAGAUAUGGUGAAUAUUUGUGUCUAAUUAUUGUUGGCUACUUCUGUGCCCGUAUUGCAAAUUGCAUAAUAUGUUUAUACCGUUUUGUUCGUAUGCACAAAUUUUACACAUAAUCUAGCAUGACGCGCUACUACAGCACCACACCGAUCAUGUGUCUGUAACUGCACACUGCUAGAUUGUAGUACGAAGCCCUACAUUCGUUACCACAUGCAUGGGCGGGGCCACGCAUACGAGGAGUCUGCCCAAUCAGCUAGCUUGGCAUCUCUCACUGGUUAUGUCAUCCACCAACCAGAGCGCGAUCUCGCUGGUGUGCAGCCAAUGACUGAGCGAACGCCGUCCGCACACUGUUCUGCACGUGUAGCCUCGCACAUGUUGACGCUUGCAAUAAACUGGAGGAGAAGACAGAAUAAGCCGAAGAGAAAGCGAGGGGAGUCAGGGAGAGGCGAUCGGCCGGUUGGCUACUCGUGUGAAGACAUUUCUAAGCCACUGUAUCGACAUUAUUAUUUACUUUUCCAGAUUUGCAAAUAAAUUGUACUAACGCUGGUCUCUGACUAUUGUGGUUCCGUCAGUUCAUGUGAUGCAGUCCUCGCACGGCUCCUUGUGCUCCAACGACAGCCUCUCAUUCAGCGACGCCGACCACACGGAGGAGGACGCAGACGUGUUCCUCCCUCAGGACGCCGGCGGCGAGCGACAGCCCGGUCACACCCCCCUCCCCCGGCACGAUGCCGGCGUCUCGCACCUGAGUUCAUGGCAGCAUCACCAUGCUUUCGGGAACGGGGACAGGUCCCUCGGUGGGAACGACCCGCACCAUGUUUUCCACUCCAUGCUGGUGACCUCAACUCGCAGAGCAAGCCGGGACAAGGGGAGUCCGAAGCAGACUGAGGGGGGGUCACGCUUCACCCAGAAGUGUGCAGAACUUCAGGUCUUCGUCAGGCCCCUGCUGGACCUUCUGAACGGCCUUAAGAAUGGGAGGUUCGACAGAGGUCUUAACAGUUUCCAGCAGAGCGUUGCUAUGGAUAGAAUACAGAGGAUUGUGGGAGUUUUGCAGAGACCCACCUCUGGAGAGAAGCACCUCCACACCCUCCUCCAGGUGGAAAUGCUGCUAAAGCUGUGGUUCCCGGGUAUCCCCCACCACGCCCCCGCCGGCCCACGGCUGCCAUCAGGCCACAAUCACCCCCCAGUCACCCCGCCCCACAAACACAAAGACCAGCUGCACAUACCUGUCAAGAAGCGCAAGCUGAGCUGGUCAGACACGGACAGCACCAACUCACCGACUCUCAGCUUCCGACAAGUGAAAGUGGAAGAGGAAGGAAGAGACGGCCACAGGGCAACAGCAGUGAUUGGCUCAGAGCAGAGAGGGGGUGCAAUUACCGGGUUAGAAGAUCCAGUGGGAACUGGGAAAGACGAUAAGGUGGAUACUAGGGAAGGACAAUCAUCUGGUUAUAAAGUCACCCACGUGUCUGAGCCAAGUCUUACUUGGGUCCAUGUUGCACCUAUACUUAGCCCCCCGAAAUCUUGCCCCUCCCACAACAGCAGAGAAAGCAAACAUGGAAAUUUUACUGUAGUUGCUGUUACCCCUCCAACCACUAGGGGCAGUCCAGCAACACAGGACAGCUCCAUCUCCUCUACCACCCCAUUUUCAGAUCCAUGCCACCUUUCUUUUCAGCUCUACCAGCCAAUGGAGUUCCAGCGUGAACUUGUUGCGGCAGAAAUUGUGGCGGUGGGGAGUAAGGCCAUGGAGAUAUAUCAGGGGCGGAGUAAGUCUCCUCGUCUUUGUUGAAGCUUUUAAACGCCGCACGUGAAACUGGGAGCUACACGCAGACCUGAAACUUGGCACACAGGUAUCCGGAAUCCAACCUGUGUAUUGGAUUUUUGUCACUGCACUAAUUUCUUUGUUAGGGUGGAAGGAUGUCGAGUUAAGGUGAUUUUGGGGAGUAAUUCUUUUUAUAAUACUUUUUUGUUGUUGUAUCCAUUUCCAAAGUUGUGUAAUUGCUAAUUGGAGGACCAUCAAAGGAGUUCAUAAGAAAAGCAUGUUGAUUUCCAUGACAGAAUCGUACCUUACGCAAGUACUAUUGGUUAAUCCACUCAUCUAUGGCAUGUAAGACAGUACUACCAUAAAAAAGUGGGUAAAUUCCUCCACUGUGAGCUUAUGACUGCUGGUAGUGUAGCAAUAUCAGUCUGACAUUACAAAUCGUGAACUGUGAUGGUACGAAAAUCGUUUACCUCAUGUGGAAGCAGCCACAAGGCGUGAAGUAUCACUGUAGGACAACGUCCAACCUUUCAAAGUGCUACUUGAACCAGGACAUCAGUGUUAUAGAAGGUGGCGGUAACCAUGGUGAUCUUUGUAAGCAACAGUGUUACCAGUAAUGAGGUAGAUGUGGUAGAUCGGACUGAAGCCCCAACAGGGAACCAAUGUCCUAAACUCACAGUCUUUCAGCAUCAAAGGCUACAUUUAUUUAAAGGGCAAGAGUGAAACAGGAACAUGAGUCUGCUUUGCAGAGCAACAGAACCAAAAAGCUUCAUAAUAAAAAUAUAAAAGCUGGGUCAAACUGCCAAAUAAAAUAAUCUCACAGUUGGGCAGUUUUUCUCAAAGAAUGUUCAUAGAACUGCUUUCCAGUCUCAAACAUUAGAUACCUAAAUAAGUUUAGCGGACCGCUGUUGAGGCCGUAGCAGGGCUAAAGUGAGCUUCCUGAGUCAGACCAGACUUCAGUAUUUAUUUAUUCAUCAAUUUUAUUUUUACAUCUAUUUAUUUCUUUAUUUAUAUGGUUAUUUAUAUGGCCUCAGACUGAUACACUAUAACUUAUGUACCUUGAUACUUUUGCGACAAUGGAUUGAGUUGUUUGAAUUGAUUGAAAGUACAUUGUAGAUUGGAUCACUGUGCCUUUUCAAAACUAGACAUUUACAAAAGUGACUUUUAUACUGUUUUUUUUUUUUUGUAAAAAAAUGUGUUGUGCCCAGUGAUCAGACUCCAGUUUGGAUUUUCUCAUAAGGCUGUGUAGUCUUAGGCUGGCUUACAGUGCCAGAACCACGACCCAACGGCACCAUCGCUAUCCCUCCUUCAGUAAUUCAAGGAAACGUCUAGUAACCUAGCUGUGUGUGAAAUCUGCGUUUCGUCCAUACAUAAGGAAUUACAUGUUUGAUGUUGCUGUCCAAUCUGAGAGACUUGAUUAAUGAGGUUAGACCACAGAACACGUGGUA